CUACGACUUACCACGAUGAUGUCACGGAAAAGGAGAUGCUGCUAUGUCUUCACGGCUCUCGCGUUCACCUGUGCAUGCUCAGUGGUAUUUCCACCGCGUGACAUGCGAUCGGUAUUCACCGACUACUUGACGCGCACCCAUGGGGAGACGCGGAGACUUCUGCAGAACAAUGUCGUGAAAUCGGCUUCCAUCACUGCGGAACUUCGGGAAUUACCAAAUAAGGAACCGAGUAAGAACGAAAAGGAGAAAUACCGAGUGCCGAUCUUUUGGGACGACGGCGAGUUCAUGGAUGAUGACGAGCUCGAGAAAGACGGUGAUCGUAGAGAUGAAGAGAAAGGGCAUGUGGUCGAAUCAAAGAGUGCGCUAACUGAACCUGACGUAGAAAGGAACAUUAGUACCAAAGUCGGCAGUGGUGCCAAAGACUCGGUUAAGUCGAACCAAAGUAAAAAUAUACCUGGUAAAACACAGGAAAUAAAUAUUUCAGGGAAUGACGGCACGAUGGCGGUCCUUGAUUACAAAAUGUCUCAGUUCCAGACAGUAAAGUCAUCGGUUAAAUCUCAGAGUGAAGAAACAGGUGAAACAAAUGAGACUACUAACAGGGUCCUUCCCGUUCACCUCCUCAUUGUAACCCAAAGAAGAUCAGGCUCGAGCUUCUUGGGACAGAUCUUCAACCAGAAUCCCUGGGUCUUUUUCCACUUUGAGCCCCUGAAACUUCUUGAGAUCAAGAAACGUAUUUAUCCGAAUGCUUCAUAUCUUCUCCAGCAUUUACUAAAGUGUCGUUUCGACAAGACUCCUUACCUAACCAAUUUCUAUAACCAUGAAACGCUGCAUAGAAUGUCGAGUAAAGUGCUAUGUUCACCGCCCCUAUGUAUGACAAAUGUGGAUUACAAUAGUAUGAGGUCAAGCACCGUCAAGAAAUGUAACCCUCUUGAUCCCAAGGCAAUGGCCAGCCUAUGCAACCUACACCCACACAAAGUGGUGAAACUAAUUCGUCUAUAUAGCGUCGAAUCUCUAACGCCUUUGCUAAAAGACAAGAGUAUAAACCUUAAAAUCGUCCACCUCUUGCGCGAUCCAAGAGGGACAAUGUCUUCGAGAUCGAAGGAGAAUCACACGAGCACCAAAGCACUUUCCUUGGGCAAGACUCUCACUCAUGAUGCUACAUAUAUCUGCCGUAGGAUGAAACGCAACUUUAACUAUGUGCAAAAGAACCCGGAACUUUUUCGGGAUCGAUACCUCAGGAUCAGGUAUGAGGAUAUAGCUACCGAUCCUGAGGGAUGGACCAGGGCUCUUUACAAAUUCGCAGGAAUAGGGGAUGUCCCGGGAAACGUAUAUGAUUGGAUCCAGCAAAAUACGCGCAAAAGCACUUCGGAGGAUGCCCGUGACAUUUAUUCUACGCACAGGAACUCUUCGGCCAAUGCGCAGGCGUGGCGCCAUCACGUGACGUUCCCCGUGGUUAGUGAGAUUCAAAACCAUUGUGGUGGCGUGAUGGAGGAGGCAGGUUACAGGCUAGUCAAAGAAGCUUCUGACCUGCAAAGGACUAAUUUAAGUUUUGUUUCCCCAAUUACGUGAUUUUUAUUCACGAAUAACUCGUCACGAAUCUGUGACAUCUUGUAUGUACAAUGCAAUUAUAGUAUGUGAUGAUCAUGACAUUUUUUUAAAUGAUUUUUUAAAAUUAUGGCGGGCUGGUUGUAGGGCUACUGGUUGUGCGGGGUGGGUACAUGUUUAGAUAUUGGUGAUGAUUUUUGUUUUGGUUCGUUUUUGUUUUGUUUUUUGGGGGGAGGGGUGGGGUCAUCAUUGAUUAUAUCACAUCUCCCUAUGUUUUGUAUGUAUUUAUUCAUUAUAGAUAUUUCGUUUCACUCAUUGUUCGUUUUACAAGGGAGGGGCUGGGAUCGGGGAUGGGGGCACAGGUUGUGAAUAAUGACAUUGACAUACUAGUUGAUUAACCAGACAAGUUUUUUCUUUUUUUUUACAAUUUAUUUGAAUUGUCAAACAGCUAUUAUUGCGUUAGUUGCGUCGUUGUCGGGGAUGAAUAAAAACCGUUGAGAUUUUCUUAGUAUAGUCUCAAAGCCACCCCCCUCAUGGUCCUACAUUUCAUUUUAUGGGGUAGGUUUAUAUGCAAAUAUGGAGUGCGUGUUAUUAUCUCGUGACUAUUUUUACUCUCCGUUUUCAAAACAAAAUAAGUUUAUUCGAGUUAUUAAAAAAGUAUUUUCGUGUCUCUGUGACUGUGUGUGUAAUUUCAUUUAGUUAUUUAUUUUCAAGAUUGUGAUAUUAUGCAAAAGACCCAAGAACGCCACGUAUACUAUUCCCUUGGGUCAGUGUAUUUGAAGACGUCAUCUUAUAUGAAACGACAUAUAUUUAAGUGGGAUAGUGAUACUUUUAUUUAUGAUAUAUCUAUUUGAUAUGUGUUUGCCUUCGAUCUUUUAAAUAAGCUUUCAUUGACCAAAUGUCUCGGUGCUAGUUAUAAUACAUAACUAUUUUUGUAAACGAUUUUACGUUAAUGAUAUUUGUUAUUGUAUUUAUUUGCUUCUUUGGAUAAAGAAUUUUGAUAUAAUUAUGCAAUGUGAUAAAUGGAUGUGAUUGUAGGUGUUUUGACUUGGUUAUAUCCCCAUCCUUCUUUCUCUCUUUGUCACCCCGUGUAAUGGGUCAUUAGGUCUAGUGGUUAGACCAUUGGAAUUAUGAUCGUCAGGUAGUGAGUUCGAAUCCCCACUCUGCCAUUGUCUCCUCUUGAUAAAAAGACCCGAAAGUAAUUGAUGUUGACCACAAGGUCAGCCACUAUGCCUGAUCAACUUUGACGUAAAAUGUUUCAUAUCAACUUGGCGUUAUACCAGCAAAAAGCUGUCCUGCCGAGUUCUUACGGGAGUUACCAUAACAGAAAACAACAGAAUUGUUCAUUAAUAAAAAAAUAAAAAAUAAUAAAAAACUUGAAAUGUCUUUAAUCCGUUCCAAUAUAAUGAUUUGAUUAAAAGAAUCAUUGUCGAUAUGAGUCAGAAAAUGUCGUUGAUAGGCCCUACUAAAAAUGAUUUUUUUUUCCAAAAGAUAAACUGAGGAAUUUGAUACGAAAGAAAAGAAUUUUUUAACGAUUUAAAUCCUAUUCCUUUCACUUUUUCUUCAUCGUGACUUUUUGAUGUGAAUUGUCAUAACGGUAUUUGUGCCUUUUUAAAAAUGAUUAUUUUUGUGCAUGCAUGUUUUCAAAACAGUACACUUUCAUUGUGAUUUUAACAUGUUUAAUAUGAUGGAAUUACGCUUCAUCUUUGCUCUUUCAAUAUAUUGUUUGUACUUGAAUUCUGUAAAAAUGUAUUUGUGAGUGGUUCGGUUUUUCAGAUAGAAUAAUCUUCUAUCAUAAUUUAUAAUAAAAUGUCAACAUUUAAAAAAAUA